GCGGCUUUGGGCUUGGGAAUUGUUCUUUUAGCGUCACGUCUCUGUUCCUGUGCUGCCGAUUGUGUGCUUCGGGAUAACUCGCAGUUUGCAUUAAAUAUCUCUGGAGAGAAACUGAGGAAAUGGAGGCUCAAGCUUCAGUCAACCAUCCUGCACCUAAAAAUGGGCAGCAGUCAAAUCAAAAGAGAAAUGCCAGGAGAAAGCAGCCGCAGCAUUCUGCUGAUAUAGUAUUCUCCAAAGGGGCAUCCAUCCAGACCAUGCCCUCUCUCAGCAAACUGUUGAAGGGAGUAACCGAGUGUGUCAUUGGUCUUCAGUAUGUGUGGGAGUAUCGCAGCCCCAGUAAAUCCGUCCCACCACACUACCAGUGCAAACUCUGUGCCGUCUCCCGCUUGCAGCAUGAUAUGCUUGCCCACGUAAAAGGCUGGAAACACAGCUUCAGAUACUUGAAAAAGGUCCAUCCUGACAAGGUCAAACAUGAAGAGGAAGAGGCCAUCAAAGACCCUGUUGUAAGGAAGUCCAUUAAAGAAGUUUCAGCUGAGGUGGAGAAGACCGAGGGAAGGGGGCAACUCAAGGUGAUUCUGAAGGAACCCUGUGAAGUACCCGCUUUCAAAGGACUCCGUACUGCUGUUCCUAAAUUUAUGCCUCCAACAGCACCAGGGAUGGGACCAAAGGGACCACCUUUUGGUCUCUCAGGUCCCAGGUUCUCUGACCCGAGGUUUCCAGGGGAGUUUCCUCCUCAGGGUGGGCCCCUCUCGGACUAUCCAGUGGGAGACUACGGGGAGCCUGACUUCGGAGGCUUUGAUUACCCGACCAGGCAAGAUUCCCUCGGAUCCGGUAUGGAUCGAAGACCUUUCCCAGAUGGUAUGGGUCAUCGACCAGCUGGGACUGGAGAUGGUUUUGGAUCAGGCGGUGGAAGAGAUGGCUAUGGAAGGAGUGCACUCAUCGAGGACAACCCAGUCAGGAUGCAUACUGAUGGAUACCGGAGUGGCUUAUUGGACAGACCAGUGGACAAGCCACUGGAGAGGCCAGGCUUGAUGGGAGCAGCUCCAGAAAGUAGCAGCCGCUCUAGCACACUUCUCACAUACCUGGAUACCUUCCGGAUAGAGAACGAGAAUGACGCACAGCUGGUGCUGAAGGUGACACAGAAACUAACAGAUGUGCUGAUGGAGUACAGGCUGAGGAGUGUAUCGAGGGGUUCUAGUCUGAACAGCAUGUCAAUGAGCUCCACAAGCUUCUCCUCUACAACCCCAAGAAUGUUCAGCAGUAGCGACCGAUUCUCUUCCAGUAGUCUCCUCGGUCCAUCCAGGUACUCAGAUGGUCCUUCCAGGUAUUACAAAUGACAAUCACAAGGUGUGAUACCUCAAUCUUCUCAUCCCUCUGUCAGCCUCAGUUAUGCCUGUGCAGGAGUGAAACUUUGAUUCAUUUUUCUUUUGUAAAUGUUUAUGCAUUUUUUCAUUUGCUUCUUAGUAUUAUUUUUUUUAAUGUUUUUAACUUUGUUUGAAUAUGAGUACAUUUAUUACUUGGAGAGUUUUACACAUAAUUACUUGUGCAUGUUUUCAGCAGCUUUAUUUGAACUUAAGUGUAUGACCAUUGUUCAUUCCCAAGGCCCUGUUGUAUUAAAAGAAAUGGAGAAAUGA